UGGCCUUUUUUAAUUUACGAAGUUCCGUUAUCUCGUAUUGUUUCACUAGAACAAAAGUUUUCUUUCUUCAUAAGAAAGUGGCGGAGACUCCAUCACUCUAUUUCUUACAUAAGUUUCAAGAAAAUACUUGGUUUCCACCAGUUUGGUAGGGCAGGCUUGGGACUGGUAAGCCAUAAGAGUGUCCCAGAAAUUGAUACCCAUUCUUACCGCAAACUUGUAUCAGAUGUUGUGCAGGACAAUGAGGAAGACAUCUAUUAUGCUCGAGCCGUUCAGCUUCAUGUCCAAGGUAACUGGACUAAAUGGUGCUCGUUUAUUAAAUACGAUUUUUCUUGGAAGAACCUACUGUCUCUGCCGCAAAGUUUAUCUUCGUUUUGCAUCGGCGCAACCUAUGACACGCUUCCUUCUCCUACAAAUCUUGUCAAGUGGGGAAUUCAAAGUGACAAAAGUUGCACCCUUUGCAAAAAACCCUCUUGUAACGUGUCCCACAUUUUAGGCGCUUGUAAAUUAGCCCUUUCACAAGGUAGAUUCACGUACCGCCACGAUACUGUUUUACAUGUGUUAGUGACAGCCAUUCAGAAGUUCAUGUCCGAUUAUGAGCCAGCAAAACCAUCUAGAUGUUAUAAAAUAUCCUUUGUUCCAGCUGGUAAACGUCUUCCCACCAAAAAGCGUUCAAAAAUUCAAGGUAUCCUUCACCUGGCCUCUGAUUCCCCGUUCCCUCUAUGCGACAAAUGUGCAAUGCAUUCUGGUAGUUGUAGUCAACAUAAUAAACAAUAUGACUGUUUUUUUGAAAACUCAUUUCAUUCUCCUAAUUUUGUAUCACCAGUCGAGCCUCCUGUAUGCAAUGUAUCGUGCACAACUUACAAAAAUGGUUUACAAACACCAAAAUCAAGUAAAGGAGGUGGCUUCACAUGUUGUGUUCCCCUGUGCUACAACAACUCUAAAAGAAACCCUGAAUUAUCAUUUUACGUAAUUCCAAAGGAUGAGAAACUGCGCCAAAUAUGGCUUGGAAAGAUUAGCAGGAAAGAUUUUAAACCUUCAGUGGCACACAGAGUAUGUUCAGCACAUUUUGUGGGAGGUAAAAAAACCUACAUGAACAACAUUCCUACUAUAGUGCCAAAAACUAUCAAGCCAUCUGUCACCAUACCUAGAAAAACUCUUAAUAGUAAAGGUCUAAAGAAAGAGUACAUUCCUGUAGCUAAAAAAAGUAAACUUGAACAGAAUGACCCUCCUAAUGCUGAGCAGGAGUUACAAAAUGAAAUAGACAGGUUAAAAAAAGAAAUGGAUAAUUUAAAAGUACAAAUGUCAUCAAAAGAAAAAGAAUAUGAACAAACAGUAAAACAUUUACAAUCAGAAAUACAAGGUCAUAAAUUUACAAUUGACCGGUUUAAACAUAAUGAAAUGCACUUUAGGUUCUAUACUGGAUUUGAAUCUUACAAGUUAUUCACAGUUCUACUCGAUUAUUUAAAACCUGGUGCUAAUUCACUAAUAUAUUGGGGGUCAAAUACAAAUAUGGAAAAAAUCAUAUCACCAGAUUGUAUAAAAAAAGGGCGUCCAAGAACUUUAUCUGUUGAAGAAGAAUUUUUUUUAACAUUAUGCCGAUUGCGAUGUGGAUUUCCUAUCGAAGACAUGAGUGUGCGAUUUAACUUAUCAACAAGUCACAUCAGUCGUAUAUUAAUAACAUGGAUAGACUUCCUCUACUCACAAUAACGUAUGCUGCCAAUAUGGGCUACAAAAAUUAAAGUUGUUGAAACAAUGCCGAAGUGUUUCAAAGAACUCUACCCAAGCACUAG